AUGUCUGUUAUGAAAAAUUGGAACCACAAUCUGGAAGCUUUAGACUUGAGCUCCAAUGGCUUGAGGGGAAGCCUUCCCAGCUUGACUCAUUUCGAAAAAAUGACUUUGUUCAGUAUUCGUAACAAUUCUUUAGAGGGGCCGUUGCCUUUAACAUUGGGGCACAAACUCGUCACUGUUGAUCUGAGCUCUAACAGAUUUGAUGGCCCAAUCCCACAUAGCUUCUUAACUUCGGUCACCAUCACAAAUCUGAACUUGUCCGACAAUCAUUUGACUGGGCCAAUUCCUAUCCAGGACUCUCAUACGACUAAGCUAUUGCUUAUUCCUACUAUUCUACCUAUGAAGUCUCUCGACCUUUCGAAUAAUGCCUUAAAUGGCGAAUUACCAUCCAAUAUCGGCUUUGCAAAAGAGAUGAAGAAGAUUGGGUAUAUAAGGCAUCAGAAUAUAGUUCCUUUACGGGCGUAUUAUUGGGGGCCGAGAGAACAAGAGAGGCUUAUCUUGGCGGACUAUGUGUUGGGUGACAGCUUGGCCUUGCAUCUAUACGGUAAGUUCCCAUUAUCGUUCAACCAAAGACUGACUGUGGCCACCGACAUUGCUCGUUGCCUUCUGUUCCUUCACGACCGGGGCCUUCCCCAUGGGAACCUAAAGCCCACAAACAUAAUCCUGUGUGGCCCAAACUACACCGUUCAGCUCACAGACUACGGGCUUCACCGCCUGAUGACUCGUGCAGGAAUUGCCGAGCAGAUCUUGAAUCUUGGGGGCCCUCGGUUACCGGGUGCCUGA